CUCUCGCUUGUAGUAGUGUUGAUGUGUUGAUUUUGUUAAUAUUGAUGGGGCUUGUCUAAUGCGUUAUUUUCUGUAUUAAAUCAUAUGCUAUGUCAAGAUAUCGAGAUAGUGGAUGUCCUCCUGACUGCAAAGUUUAUGUGGGAGAUUUAGGAAAUAGUGGAACUAAACAUGAGAUUGAAGAUACUUUUAGUUAUUAUGGUCCUCUUCGUAAUGUCUGGGUUGCUCGUAAUCCACCUGGAUUUGCUUUCGUAGAGUUUGAAGAUUCUCGAGAUGCACGAGAUGCUGUUCGAGCUUUAGAUGGAAAGUUAUUAUGUGGCCGUAGAGUUAGAGUAGAGCUUUCAACUGGAAGAACAAGAAAUUCUUUCAGGGGUCCUCCUCCUCGUCCAUUUCAUCCAGAUGAUCGUUGUUAUGAUUGUGGUGAAAGGGGUCAUUAUGCAAGAGAUUGUAAGCGGGUGAGCAAAAGGGGCCGCCAUAGCCGGUCACGUUCUCGUGGACGCACUGUUAGCCGAAGUCGUUCCAAAUCAGCCUGCAAGUCUGUUAGCAGAAGUCGCAGCAUUAGUAGAAGUCGUUCUAGGAGUAGAAGCAAGUCUGGUUCCAGAGGAAGACCAUAAGUUCUCUUCAAAAGCUUCAGCUCCAGAAUCAGAUGUUUUCCCUCCUGUUCAUCCUUCUUUUUUUUGCACUUGGUCAUAGUAUAUACAUUACUUUGACAGAACAGAACAAAAAUUUCUAUUUUUUAAAAAUGUUAUUUGUUCAUUUAAAGCAAAACUUUUGGAAUUUAUUUAUUUAUUUUUUUACAAAAAGUUAAAUUAAUUAAAAUAUACUAAUCUUUUAAAAAUAAUUUGCUAUACAGUUGACUCCCACUACAAUGCAAUCCGACUUAUGCGAAAUGGCUAUAACGAGAGUUUUUCAGGAGCAACGAAUUUUAGAGCUAAAGCGAAAUUCUCGCUCUCAAUGCGAAAAUAUUUGAAAUGGAAUCGUGAUGUAAGUUUCGGCUUCGUUAUUCACUACUAAACAUUAAUUCUUGAAAGUACUUUCAUCCUUUCAGCAUCAAUGCAAGUUCUCUCAUACCACACUAUAAACAUAGCAUUGUUAGUGUGUAUGUAUCACCACUCCUCAUUUUUCAAUUAUUCAUUCUAAAUAUGAAAGGUGAUUAAAUUGGGGGGGGGGGGCACCUACGCACUCUGUUUCAUCUAAAGUUUGAAGAUGGAAACAAAAAGCAAAAGUUUGCGACGAUUUAAGAAAAGGUUAAGAUUUUCGAUAUGUUUGAACAACUAGAAAGUGGGUCGAAGGUAGCACAAUUAGGUAUGGGGGGUAAAUCUUUCAUACGUAUAGUUAAAAGUCAAGAGAAGUCAAUCGGUAUAAGUCCCUGGGGUCCCAGAGGGGUGUUACCAUAGAUGUAUAUGCUAUAAAAGAAAAUGCAAAGCUACUGUACUUGAAAAUAUAUAUGAAUAAUGAUCAGAUUGCGCAGGAUAAAUCAUCUACAAUUUUUAAGUUAUAAAUGUAACUUAUUGUACCUACUGUAUAGUAGCUACUCUUACAAUGCUUUAUUAUUACUACAUACUGUACCUACCGUACUGUUUUUUUUUAUGUCUCUCUCUCCCAUUGAUCAUUGAUUUUGUGCAUCGUAACCGUAUUUUAUGUUGAAUAAUGCAACUUUUUAAAAAAUAAGGUAAAAAUUCAGCUCUUUCUGUAAGAAACGGUAAUUAAUAUAUAGUUCAAAAAUUGUCAAAAACAGUUUUAAAGGUGUUUCAAUGUUUGAUUGGGUAUGUUAAUAAAAAAAUCAUUUUCACAACACUUUUCCACAAUGCGAAAUCUUGAAUUACGUGAGGAAUAACGUGUAAGUCGGAAUCCGACUGUAAUGUAUUCAAAUUGUUACUGCAUUGGUUGCUCAGACUUAGCAUUUAAAUAAAAAUUUUUAAAAUGUGUAUUCACCUGUAUAUUUGCUUUUUGCACAUGCCAUAUUUAUGUAGUUUUUUAAAACCAUGUUUUUAAGUUCAAUGCACUGAUAAUAAGAUUUUGCGAGGCAAUUAGUGGCAAUCCAAUCACAGA